AUUAUUAUAUUUUAUUUAUGAAUAAAAUUUAUCGAGAUAUGUUAUGAUUGAGUAUGAGGAUAAAGACGAAAAUGAGGAUUAAGUAAACAAAUAAAGGCAGCAGUAUAAUCUACUUAAGAUUGUUUAAUGUAUAUAACCAAUAUUUAUUUUCUCAGCUUCCGGAUGAUCAUCAUCUUGGUGCCCACGAAAUUUUAUUUUAAAAUAAGCCACGCCUCCGUUUAGUUUUAGUGGCAAAUCACCGGGAUCUCACUACACUGUCUGCUACUAAAUGACGAUUUUUGUUUAACGUAAACUUAAACUCAAAUUUCUUCGGUCCAUCAGAUUAAUUUAUUCCUUCGUUCGGUAAAUACUUAUUUCUUUACCUUCGGAUUACAAUGUUAAUUUAUUUUAUUUCAAGUUAAAUUGACAAGUGGAAAUAAAAAUGGAGUACAGUACUCACAUUGCGGACUCCCCGAAACUUAAGUUUGGGGUGGACAGAAUUUUAUCUAAGGAUUUUUGUAACAAAACUUUGCCAAAAGUUACUAUUAAGUUGUUCGGUUAUUCGGGUCAUGAGUGUCCGUGUAUUGGUGGCUGUAGCAAGUGUAUGACAUUUUGUAAUUUUACGGGCUCAGAAACGUCACCGGUGAUUUGUACCAAUUAUACUAGUGUAAUUGAAAAAUAUCAAAAUAUUUGCCGGCCAUCUCCUCUCAGGCCAAUUCCACGAGUGCCGAUUUCAUCUACGACGACGACAACUAACACUGAAAGUGGUACACGUAGAAAAAGAUCGUGGUCGAGAGCCGUUUUCAGUGCGCUGCAACGAAAAGGUCUGGAGAAGAGAUUUUCGUUACAAAAAUAUAUUACUAAACCUGACAGACGGCAAUUAGCGGCUACUUUAGGACUUACUGAUGCCCAAGUCAAAGUAUGGUUUCAAAAUCGAAGAAUGAAAUGGCGACAUACUAAAGAAAGUGAAAAUAUAAUACCAGGAGGAUCGGAUUUAGUACAAAAAAAUUUAUCAUCAAAAUCAAAAAAUCAGGAUUCAGAAAAUUUAUCUACAAAUAGUCAGACUGAAAAAUCAGAAAUGAAUGAAGAAGAGGAAGAAAUUCAAGUUGAUAUAUGAAAUUU